CGGCGAUAAUCUAGGCAGAAGCCGACUCCAUCGAACAGAGCCAACAGCCAUGAAGCCAUGAACCAACAACAUGUUAUAAAAAUAAAAAUACAUGUAUUUCCACCUUCUGAUUUUCUUGUGGUUUCCUUCUCUUUCUCAUCAACGUCCCCAUUCACCUUCGACAUGAGGGUCAUCACCUCCGCGAAAGGCCUUAUCCGGGUCGUUUGGGCCUACAUCAAAUCAGCAUGCCGUUCCAUAAAGAGUAUUGUGUUGAUGUUGCUCCCUUUCUACAGUCUCACAAUAAUACUCGGCGUCUAUCAAGGCAUCAUUAUCGCACUGUGGUACUCCGAGUCUAAAGAACAAACCGCCCGAUUCCUCUUGAAAAAUGUCCUCGAGUACAAGAUCACGGAGUAUUUCGAUGAGCCUUACGAUAAUUGGUCUAAUGUCGCACCUGUAUUUCAUGUACCGCAAAUCAUAAACCCUCUCAAAUGGACAGAUCAACUAGGACUCAAGAGACCUACGGUUUCGGGCUUUGGGGACGAGUACGAGCUGGCAGGUCUGGGCCAUUUGUACCGAAGAACGCGUCGUUUUCCAGAGACACAGCAGUGGCAUCACUGGAUCUAUCUAUCGGCACAGCAAGAGCCUUGGAGACAACCUGACGGCCCAAUCCUGCACGAUCCUUGGGACAAAGCAUUCGUGGAGCUCUUGGAGUACAGGGACAAAUAUGAUGCCAUGGGGCGAUCAAACUUCCUUUAUAUAUCAUGCCAAAAAAGCUUCCUCUGCGGAUCCUGGCGAGUUGCUGCUCCAGCACUGCUGCACUUCACUACAGAGGGGAACAGAAGCCGAUUGACUGGUGACUCACCUGAUCUCCCGAAUUACACACGUGUAAACACGCGAGUGUUCGAACUACCCCUUCGCCAAGUAGCCAUACCCGGCGUCUUCCCAAGCCACUUUGAACAGAUGAGAUCUCUGACAGCAAGCAACUCAACCUUCUGCCGAACACAACGUACAUAUUCCCAUUUUCAUCAGGUCCUAGGCCAAACAAGCCCAGUGCUGAGGGAUGCAGAAACAGCAUAUCACUGGACCUAUGGCUUGCUGGUCAAGGCGGAACAUAAAUGGAUUCGAUUAUGGGCAAUUGAAGAUACAGCCUUGCGGGGAUAUCUAUUUUUACUUUCUUUUGCAUUAUCUACAUUCCCAACAUACCUGUACAAGUUCGCUCCUACAAAUUGGGCUAGCCCGGGACCCGGACCUGAGCAUAAGAGCAAAGAUCCACUGGCGCGAACACUUCAGAGCUUGGUGGGUAUGUUGAGCGCGGAGGAAAAAGAGAGGUUUAGAAAGACAGAUCGCGGGGGGAGAAUAGUGGGGUUGGCGGAGACAGGGCUCAAAAAGGAAUAUUGGAAUACUAGGGAAGAUGUACUUGAGGACAUUGCUAAUGCUUUGGGAUUAGAUAGAGAUGGAAAGGCCAAAGGUUGGCAAUAAAGGACAAAGCUUGACUUUUACCUUUGGGCAUAUUAGGCAGUAGCAGCAAAACAAUAAAGUGCAAUAG